AUGGUUUCAGCAAUUUCGCUAGCGCCGCUGCCACUCCCUCAAUGGCAACGCCCAGAGCCGACGACGGCCGACCUUUCAUGGGCCGAUAUUGCGGUGAUUGACUUUUCGUCUUUUGACAAUCCUGGUGGCAAAGAAAGGCUGGCCGAAGAGCUUCGCCAUGCAGUCCACACCACAGGUUUCUUCAGCGUUACCGGGACCGGAUUCACCGAUGAAGAAGUCCGGAGACAGUACAGCAUUGGCCAAGGAUUCUUCGACCUGCCGCUGGAGGAGAAGAACAAGCCCGAAUUGAGGUGCGACUUCGGCCAAGGCAACUAUUUCGGAUAUCGAGCUGCCCACGAAAAGAAAAUCAUGGGUACCGAAGUUCUCGAUAACGUGGAGAGCGUAAACAUCGCAAAAUUCAUUCCCGAAUUGGCCUACGAGCCUCGACAUGACUUCUUCAACCGUUUUCUAGCUGAGGUCGAGGGCUUCUCAAGACGGUCUCUUGAACUUGCUUCUAAAAUUUUCACACUCUUCGCUCUCAUACUUGAACUCCCGCCAGACUAUUUCUCCUCGAAACAUGAAUAUACAUCGAAGUCCGAGGACCACCUACGCUACAUGAUAUACCGGCCUCGCCCUGUAUCUCAGGAUGCAUUGGUAGAGAACCUCUGGUCACGGGCUCACACAGACUUUGGAUCCCUAACCCUCCUAUGGAGCCAAAACGUUGCCGGGUUGCAAAUCAAAACCAAAGAAGGAGACUGGAAAUAUGUUCCACCAGUCGACGGAGGCAUCAUCUGCAAUGUCGGAGAUGCGAUGCAGUUUUGGUCCGCCGGGUAUCUCAAAUCCACAACCCACCGGGUCAUUCGACCACCUGCAGAUCAAGACCAUAUUCAUCGUUUGGGGAUAUUCUACUUUGUGAGGCCAGGUAACGAUACAGACAUCGCCCCGGCGCCAUCGCCUUUGCUUAGGAGGCUUGGGCUGAUAAAAGAGGAGCUGAAUGACCAGGAACUAAAACAGAAGGUUACGGGAUUACAAUAUGUGAGGGAGAGAGUCAAGAACUAUCAUGACCAUACCGAUUAUGAGAAUCGGAAAGGGAAAACGUUCAAGGUUGGAGAUUUGGAAAUCGAGGAUGAAGCUGCAUGA